AUGGAACUGUUACUUAAAAAUGGGGCUAAUGUCAACAGUCAAAAUAUCCAAGGAGCGACGCCUUUGAUGUUGGCUUCGCAAUUAGGUCAUACUAAUUUAGUUGAAUUGUUGAUAAGGAAUGGUGCUGCCAUUAAUUGGAAAAAUAGCUACGGCCAAAGUCCAAUUUAUGCCGCCUCUUUUAAUGGUCAUGAUCGUUUCGUUGAAAUAUUAAUCGCAAAUGGUGCCAAUGUAAAUAUAACAACCAAUGACGGUUCUACACCAAUACAUGCAGCCGCUCAGGAAGGCCAUGGGGGAGUUAUGGAACUGUUGCUUAAAAAUAAGGCUAAUAUCAACGGUCAAAAUAACAAAGGAACGACGCCUUUGAUUUUGGCUUCGCUUAAAGGCCGUGAAAACGUUGUUGCAAUGUUAGUCCGAAAUGGUGCUGGUGUUAACAUUCAAGACGAGAUUGGAUGGUCACCACUGCAUGCAGCCAUAAAUGGAGGUAUCAAGAUUAAUAGUAAUAAAAUGUCUUACAUAC